AUGAAAUUGGAUAUUGAGGUCACGUAUCCGUUGAAUGUUGACAAAUUCUAUUCACAUUCAUUUGUGCCGGAUGCCCUGAAAAUCGAUUAUGAAUUGGAAAAUGGCAUUGGAAUCUAUUACAAUUUCACCGCCUUUCGGCCAUUCAGUGGCCAGUUGUUGUUGAAUUUGUUCGUACGUAAAUAUAACCAGGUCAAGGGUCAGCCAUCCAAGGAUGUCUACAAAAUACGAAAUUUGGAUUUUUGCAAAACUUUGGAUGGCUAUCGAAAUGUUUCGUAUCGCAAGGAGUCACGAAGGCCAUUUCUACUGCAGGACACUUUCAUAACUUCGUGUCCGCUGGUAAAUGGUUUCUAUUUCAUACGAAAUGGUACGGUGCCCAGCAGCGUGAUUCCGCCUUGGAUGGAUGAUGGUCGUUAUGUGUUGCAGUUCGAAUUAAUUCAGGUUAUCAAUGAGUUGCUGAAAUUGAUGAAUUUACGUUUUGUCAUUGAAGUCGAUAAGACUACACGCAUGGAGGUGAGCAACGAAGAGGAGGAGGAUGACAUCGAUGGCGAGGAGGAGGAGGAGGAUCAUGAUGAUGAUGAUGAUGAUGGGGAUGGUUAUAAUUCAGAGGCCGGGGAUCACGGCGAUGAUGAGGACAAUCAUAGUCAGGGUAAUACUAGUGAUGAUGAAGGGCAAGAUGAAGGUAGUGAAGGGGAGGAUACUGGAGUUGAUGAUGACACACAUGAUGAAGAUACAAACAGUGAGACAGAUAAAGAUGAUGGAGAGGAAAAUGAAAAGAAUAAUGACAAUGGUGGCGAUGAUGAUGACAAUAAUGAAGGAAAUCGUAGUGAGGAUGACCAAGAUAAUGGAGAAAGGGAGGAAGGUAAUGACCGUGGUAAUAGAGGAGAAGAUGACAACCAUGGUGAGGAAGGUGAGGAUGAUGAUGAUGAUGAAAAAAGACAAGAAAGUAAUAACAGUGGAGUUGAUGAUAAAAGUGAUGAACAUCAUAGGGGAAAAGGGGGCGUAGGUGAUGAAGAAAACCAGGACGAGGCAAGUCUUGGUAAAGACGAAAGGGAGGGAGGUGGUGACAGUGGUGAUAAUGACAAUAAUGAUGAAGAAAAUCAAGGUGGGAAAGACGAAGAUGGUGACGAAGCGAUGAAUGAAAGUAAUGACAGUGGGACUGGCGAUAAAAGUGACGAUAAAGAACAACAUGGUGGUAAGGAGGGCGGAGGUGAUGAUGAAAAUCAAGAUGAGGAAAAUGGAGAAGAAAAUAGGCAAGAUGAAGAAAAUCAAGGUGAAGAAAAUAAUCAAAAUCGAGGUGAAGAAAAUGGAGAUAAAAACAAUCAGGCCAAAGACGAUCAAGAGGAUGAAAAGCAAGAUGGUAACAGUGGUGAAAAUGAUUCAAAUUCUGAUGAGGAACAUAGUGAUGUUGAUGAUGAUAACAAUGAGAAAGAAAAUCAUGAUGGAAGUAGUCGAGAUGCUGAAGAAGAUCCACUUGAUGGAGAAAAUGAAGGAAACAGUGAUGGCGAUGAUGAUGCAGAAGAAGAUAUAAUGUCAGGAAUAAUAUUGAUGAAAUCACAGAGAAAGAAGAAAACGAUGAAGAAAAUUGUUAUAUGGCGGAACUUGGGAAUUUGA